AUGUCUGAAGACGCAGGGUUCUUUAAGAAGACAUCAGAGGCUAUGGCAUCUGCCGGUGCUUCUGUCGCCGGAGCAGUAUCUGGCAGUCUUUCCCUGGGUGCCAAUGCAUCCCACAAGAAGACAACCACCACCAAAACUAGUAUGCCAGCCGAUGCUACGAACCAGCAGCAACAACGAAUUCUACCGGGAGUACCAGCUACGCAGCGUACUGUUGGUGGAGGAGAACAGAAGCGUCUGACUCAACCGGAGGCCGAUGCUUUGUAUGACGAGAGAAUGGAGGAUGAGUAUGUAAAGAGGGAAGGCGGUGCGUAA